AUGGAUUUCACUUUGGAUUAUUCUUUCGUUACAUUCCUAGCAAAUGCAAUAAAUAUACUGUUUGUGAUUUUGGCAGAAGCAUACAUUGUAGAAAAGGCAAAUAAAUGCUUGGAUUUCACAGUCACCAUAUUCAUAUUACACUUAUGGGUGACCUGGUACCUAUAUAAAUUUCCAACUGCUUUAUAAUGGUGGAUCUGCCAUGGGAUUCUUGUUACAGUGACUGUAUUAGCAGCAGAAUUUUUCUGUUUAAAGCUUGAGACUGCAGAGAUAAAGCUUAGUGUUGGACACAUACUUGAAAAAGGAAAGGAAAUCGGCAAAGAAGCUGCUCAGAAAAUACUUAAAAAAGAUAUUGGGCAAGGCAAUAAUAGGAAAAACUCAAAGAAUGAUAAAAAGUUAAAGAAAAAGGAGAAGUCGAUAGAUGAAUAAGUCUGA